GGUUCUUCUUCAUCUGACCCGCUUCUGUUCACUACCUGUAACAAGUCCAUGGCACCAGACUUCUAUGUGAAUGACAAAGUGUAUAGUACACGUAAGUCAUGAAAUUUUCUUAUUUUACAAUGUCAAAUAUUCAGCAUAUUAUACAGACACGUAGACAAUCUUAUUAACUUAUAAUAUGUUUUAAACUAAGACAAUUUUAAGAAUGACAUAAUUUGUAAAGUCAUUUUUCAGACUGUUGUUAUGAUUUGUAACAGAUCUUCAAUCACAACAUGUAUAAGUAUAUCUUGAGGAAUUGUGAAACACAUUACUUUCUGUAUCAUUUGGUCCUUACUUUGAGGGAAAAAACACAUAAUCAUCAUUAAAAUUUCUGGAAUAACCAUCACUGCAGACCAUUUGCAUGAUACCUACUGUAUAGAUAAUGUGUACAGUUACAAUGUAAUCCUUUUGAAAAGUGAAUGGUUAUGUAUGAAAAAACCCAGUAAAUUCUAAAUAAAAAAGAGUAAUUACUCCAUCGCAUAUUAUCGACCAGCAAUAACAUCAAUAUAAAUAUCUGUUUAAUUUAAAGACAAUGAUGAUAUUAAAAUGAUAAUAAAGUGAUGGAUGUGAGAAGCCCAUUAUUUGGUUAAAUUUUUCUUUUCUUUUCUGCUUUGCUGCCUUUGCUCCUAAUGAUCCCAUUCGGGCUCUAAUAUUUAAAGGGUGGAAGAAUAAGGUUCAAAUGAAUAAAUUAGAUUUUUAUUACAGGACGAGAGAUGAUGAUUCAGCUGAACACAGAUGAUAUGUUAAGGCCAGCAAAAAUCAAAUUGGAGUUUUAUUAUAUUUAAAGGGUGGAAGAAUAAGGUUCAAAUGAAUAAAUUAGAUUUUUAUUACAGGACGAGAGAUGAUGAUUCAGCUGAACACAGAUGAUAUGUUAAGGCCAGCAAAAAUCAAAUUGGAGUUUUAUGCUGUGCCGCGUAAGUACAAAUUAAACUGGAGUUUUAUAAUGAACCCCGUAAGUACAAAAACAAUUUUUUUUUGCCCAGCGGCCUACUUUUAUGUCCCUUAACUAAUACAGUGGCUUUCUUUGAUGCGAGCUGUCUUACUUUGUUGCAACUUUUUAACUCUGAGACGGACAAACGAAGAUUAAUACUUUUUUUUUCCUCAGUUCAAUAAGCAUGUUGCUAUCAAAUGGAGUGGGCUGUCAAGAUGAUCUCUAGACAAUACCUAAGAUUCUGCUUUUUAAAAUAAGACAUUUUAAAUAUUACUUUUAGGUUUAAAAGAUUUAUGAUUCUUUUAUGGGCCAGCUACCUAAAAAAAAUUCUUAUCAAAGCAUCAUGACAAAAUACAAUCAAUUAACCUUGCAUUACAUGGGAGUAGAAAUCAUGAUCGUUUAUUUAAGCAAGUUAAAUUUGGCAUUAAUAUUUUUCUCAGCUGCAUCUGAAUGCGGGAACAACGCGAUGCACGACGCUGUCAUAUUAGUCAACAGCACAGGCAGUGAGCUAACCUCACCAAAUUAUAGAGACUUCUACCCUUUGUAAGAAUUAAUUAUUUAAAAAAAAAAUAAUAACAUUAAUUUUCUGAUACCUUUCACAGGUGCUUUGGGGAAAGUUCCAACAAAUUUAACUUUCACAGGUGCUUCGGGGAAAGUUCCAACAAAUUUACCUUUCACAGGUUCUUUGGGGAAAGUUCCAACAAAUUUACCUUUCUCUGUGGUUUCUGAAAAUGGAUUCAACAAAUUUUAGGAAAAGCAAAAAGAGUAACAAUUUUCUAGUAAACUUGCAAGUAUCUGAAAGAACUUGUAAGUUUUUUGGGCUAGUGGGACAUGGAACUCAAAUGCCAUCUCUAAAAAUAAAAUUUUAAGAACAGCAGGCUUUUAGUAGCCCCCUUUUUUUCUUACUUGUUCCCUCCCCUGAAAAUCAUGAUAUUAUUUUCUCUGAAAGGCGUUGAGGUGUUUUGCAAAGUAUUGGGGGUAUAAUUAAAAAAUGUGUCAGAUUGAGCUAGAUGGAGCUGAUGGGAAAGAAUUUAAGAUAACUCCAGCUCACAAGAGAGACAAUCCAAAUUUGUGAUCUCUAAAGGGAGAUAACAUUUUUUUAAAAUGAAGACCAGCUGUCUUUCAAAUUUAAAUAUGGACAAUUCCUUUGGAAUAUCAUUUAUGUCCAGUGUUCAUUAAUAUUUAAAUAUUCAAGUCUUAUUUUUGUCUUAUUUAAAUAUCUAACCCCCCCCCCCCCCCCCCCCCCCCCCCCAGAGAUUACCAAUGUAGAUACAGAGUGAAGGCUGUGAACAAAGAUGACAUCAUUGUUAUAGAAGUUCUGGAUUCCAACUUCAUAACGGGCUGCAGGGACAUGCUGUCAUUCUUCAAUGGUGAGAUUCUGGGUGUACUUAUUUAGCGCCGGGUAAUGAAACUCUUCUUUUGCCUUUUUACCCCUUAGGCCGUCCACAAGAAUUUUCCAUUCAUCACAGUCCUGUGCUUUCCUUUCCAGUUGCUUCCAGGUGUAUACCAUAUUUUGCAUGUCUAUCUCUAGGUUGCGUCUCCAUGUAUUCUUUUGCCUUCCUCUCUUUCUUUUUCCCUGUGGAUUCCAUGUUAGAGACUGUCUGGUGAUGUUAUCUGGGGAUUUUUGGAGGGCAUGCCAUAUCCACCUCCAUUUUCUCUUUAUUAUGUCUUCAUCAAUGGGCGCCUGUUAACUUCUUUCUAGUAGAUCUUUGUUGGUGAUAGUAUUUGGCCAUUUGAUGUUUAGGAUCUUUCUAAGGCAUGUGUUUAUGAAGGUCUGUACUUUCUGCGUAAUGCUCGCUGUUGUUUUCCAAGUUUCUGCUCCAUAUAGUAGUAAUGAAACUAUGGUCAGGUUUAAUCCAUUAUUUAAUAAUGAGUCAUUUUUUAAAAAUGAAUUCUUGCAUGGGAUUAUUAAUAUUUGAAAAAUUGGUAUGUCAUGCUAUUUUUUUUCAAUUUCCCGCCCCCAACUCUCACACAUCACACAUCAUGACAUAUCAUCACACGUCAUCACACGUCAUCACAUAUUAUCACAUAAUAAUACCUCUGUAUGUGAUGGAUGAUGGCUUCUCUAGUGCCAGAAAUAUGUACAUUUAAUCAUAUUCUAUACUAUGUACUAGGCCGCCUAUGUAUAUAUUAACUUGUGAAAGGUGUAAUUUAAAAAAAAAAUGUGUAAGUAUAUUAGCUGAGUAGCACAGGGUAGCAUCCAAUAUAUAAAUAAUUCUCUUAUCCCCUCUAGGACCUGAAGGAUGGCUCAGUCGAGACUUUUUUGGCAGAGUUUGUGGACAAGACAAGAAGGACAUUUUUGUGGGCAUGUCAGACCGGGCCAUAAUCAGAUUUGAGUCCGACAGAUCUGGAUCGUAUGGUGGAUGGAAGUUGAAAAUAUACAGCAGAGAGAAGGGGUUCAACAGUGCUAAUGUUGCAGCUGGGCAAAUGUUACUGCUUGUUAUUCUGGCCGUCAUUGGGUUUCUUAUAACAGAGUGUUAAUUUAAUAAAUGACGUUACAUGUCUAGUAUAUAAAUUGGUAUUUUUCAUCCAUUCUGUAAUUUAAAUUCUAAACAGAUUCCGUGAAAAGAAUCUUUUAAAAAUACAGCCAAUUAUACAACUAAAAGAAACGAAACAUUUAGUAUUGCAUUCACUAUAAUGUAAUUCUUUCUAUAAAAUCCUUUGCAUGUUUUUCUUAAACUACACUACUUCAGUGUGCACAAUGAUAUUCCUUACUUUAUUUGUGUGUCUUUUAUUUAAAAAAUAAUAAUUUGCCAAUGAAUACAACUGGUUAUUUUAUUUGAUAUCUUCAUCUACAG